UUUUCUCUUGGCUAUGGAUGUUGUGAUUGUCCGUAGGUGGUAGACGGUCUCUGACUGUCGAACGCGGAGGUACCACCCGGCGGAUCUCGUAGGCGGGGCCAGAAUGUGUGCAUGUUGCAUGUACACGUGUUCCCUCGCCAGAGUCUGUGUGGCGUUCUCCCCCUUUCCCAUGUAUCCCCCUAUAGCCCCACGGCCUUAGGCCUUCGUGGUAGUUGGAGUAUAAAAAAAAUAGAUUAAGAAGAG